ACGGGCUCACAGUUUUAUUCGCAGCUACUUUCCCGCCGGUUGCUCCUCUUGUGUCGGAGUCAUGGUGGACGUGAUGGAGUUGCCGAAGUCGCGCGUCAACGCCAGCAUGCUAGCUCAGUUCAUCAACCAGCCUGUCUGCUUCGUGGGGAAGCUGGAAAAGAUUCAUCCCACUGGAAAAAUGUUUAUUCUUUCAGAUGGAGAAGGAAAAAAUGGAACCAUUGAGUUGAUGGAGCCUCUUGAUGAAGAAAUCUCUGGAAUUGUGGAAGUAGUUGGAAGAGUAACAACCAAGGCAACAAUCAUGUGCUCAUCUUAUGUCCAGUUUAAAGAAGAUAACCGUCCUUUUGAUCUUGGACUCUACAAUGAAGCUAUAAAAAUUACCCAGGAGUUUCCUCAGUUUUUUCCUUUGGGGGUUGUGCAGUAUGAUUGACUUUGAUGAACUUUUUAUGAUGGUGAAUAUGAGGUUGAGGACUAUUAAAGGAGGACUCGGAUGUUUGAGAGAGAGAUUCCUGUGAUUGCUAAUAUUUAAUUUGCUCUUUUUUUAUUUCAUUUACCUAACUUCAGAUAUGUUAAUCUGCAGUUCUUAAUAAAACUGAUAUGCUGGCAUUCCUUACCUAAGGAGGAUUGGCUUUGUAUAAAGGAUCUCUUUUCCAGUAUACGAUCAGAUUAGAUACAAAAGCAAAGUAGUUAUUGUCUUGAAUUUAGUUUUCUAUUUUAUUAAUAAAUAUUACAAUGAGA